CCCAAUGUGGUUGAGUGUAUGUUGGUUUAAGUCUACCGUUACAUUACACCGGAAAACUGCCACAUGUGAAGGUGGGUGGCAUAUUGUCUUGAGGAUUUAAUAAGGUCGAUUCUGCCUGUCUAAGGUCUGCAACGAACAUUUUUACGACAUGAGUCCGUACUGUUAUUUAAUAAUUUUGGUAUUCUAUUUGUCUAUUGCUAAUGUUAGUUCAAGUGAAGCUGGUAAGAAAGGCCCAAAAGUUACAGAUAAGGUUUGGUUCGAUAUUACAAUUGGGGAAGAAGAGAAGCAGAGAAUAGAAAUUGGGUUGUUUGGUAAAACGGUACCCAGGACUGUCAAAAAUUUUGUUGAACUAGCGAAGAAACCAGAAGGAGAAGGAUAUAAGGGCAGCAAAUUUCAUAGAGUCAUAAAAGAUUUUAUGAUACAAGGUGGCGACUUCACUAAAGGAGAUGGUACUGGAGGCCGAAGCAUUUAUGGCGACCGUUUUGCAGAUGAAAAUUUCAAGCUGAAGCACUAUGGAGCAGGUUGGCUUUCCAUGGCUAAUGCUGGUAAAGAUACAAAUGGAUCACAGUUUUUUAUAACAACUAAACAGACACCCUGGUUAGAUGGAAGACAUGUUGUUUUUGGGAAGAUUCUAAAAGGAAUGGAUGUGAUCAGAAAGAUUGAGAGCUCCAAGACUGACAGCCGUGAUCGGCCAGUUAAAGAUGUGACUAUUGUAGACUGUGGAGCUGAAGAAGUAACUGAGCCAUUCUCUGUCUCAAAAGAGGAUGCUACAGAGUAAAAUGCUCUGAACAUCGGCCAGGAAUAAUUGUGCUUGCCAACGUCAGUUACACUUCCAUGGAGGCAUCUUGGAUUCUGUCACCUAAGUGUACAGAAGUGAUCUAACUAUGAAUUUACAGUAAACAGCUGUUGUUUCUAUCAUGCAAAUCUCUUGACAUUGUCAUGUGUCUGUUACACUAGAGGUGUGCACAUCCAGUAGUGAUAUGGAAGUUUUCUGUAACAUUAAUGCUUUGCCAAAAUGUAAACAGUUUGUGAUCUUUCCAUACUUUUGUAAUUGACCUUAACAAUUUAUUUGUUAUGCUUGCAACAUGCAAAAAUUAAAUACUCUUUCAUUUAAAAAUGAAAUUCAAUAUUAUGCAGGAAACAGUUCUUUACAAACUUUUUUAAGUGAGUUUCACAUGCAACUUUAAUUGGAUUUUUGUAUUUUCAGUAGAAAAGAACAAUGGUGGUUUUAAAUGGUCUGUGAGCAAUAUUCAGAGUAAUGUACUUGGGUUGUGGUUAGUCAGUUCAUGACAUAUGUCUGUAUUAAAUGAAUAUGGGCAGAAAAUGAGUUUACUUUCACUUUGUAAGGGUUUUUGUGGUUUCAUGCUUAACGAGGUAGGUAAAGUCUCAAACAAUAAAACAUGACAUUUGAAUUUC